GCUUCCGCUUCGUUGAAGCUGUACAAACAUGGACUCGCCUCGCCUCGACGAUUUCCGAAAGCUUCAAGCGAGAUGACGAUUCGCCGGUUUGCACUCGACAAAAUACAACCGAAUCAAAUCAUUUUUUGUUCAGAGCACAGUGUCAGCCGCAAUCACGACCAACAACGCACCUGGGACGUCGCUGAGGACUUUGAAGAUGUGUGGUAUUUACGCGUCCAUUUCGACGCAAAUUUUUCGCGCUCCCAAUGAGCUGCUGAAGCAAUUGCUCUGCAAUCGAGGUCCCGAUCACAUUGGUGAAGCCCAAGCACGCGUGGAUGGAAAAGGCGGUACCUCGUUCUGGAUCUCCCUCGUGUCAACGGUCCUAGCAUUGAGAGGCGGCCACGUCACAGCUCAACCUUUUCUUGACCCCUCCAGCAAUUCAGCUUUAUGUUGGAAUGGUGAAGCUUGGAAAAUUGGUCUCGAUACAAUCUCAGGAAACGAUGGACAAGCUGUUUUUGAUCUGCUUAUAAAAGCCAGUUCUGAUCAUGUGUCUGCUCCGGACUCAACAGCGGCUGUUCUUCGCGUCUUGCGAAGCAUAUCAGGACCAUUCGCUUUCGUUUACCUGGAUACAUAUCACAAUCAGCUUUUUUUUGGCCGAGAUCGUUUAGGACGCCGGUCUCUCCUUCACAGGAGUGAUGAUGAUACUAAUGUACAAUUCUCUAGCAUAGCUGACACUACUUCGGGCCCAUGGCAAGAAGUAGAAGCAGACGCUGUCUACCGAUACUCAUUGGACACCGUCAAUUCCCGUGAAAAACACAAAACAUCCAGUUACGACCCUUUUCAAGCAUCUUUUGCUGCAAUCCAUAAACAUGUGUGGGCUUGUGGGAGUGAGCCAUGUCCAAGUGUCACUAUUGGUACUUUUAAUAGAGCCAUUCCUGCUGAAGACUUUGUAUUGGAUGAGCAAACAGCGUCGGUUCAGUUGCUGCGCUAUCACUUGAGUGAGUCUCUCAAACUUCGGAUCUUGAACAUCCCAAAGCCUCCAGAACACGACAGUACAAAACCUGUAUCUAUCGCUGUUCUGUUUUCUGGCGGGCUAGAUUGCACAGUGUUGGCCCGGAUGGCCCAUGAUAUUCUGCCAUUGAAUGAACAGAUCGACUUGGUCAAUGUAGCAUUUGAGAAUCCCCGAGUGGUCAGAGCGGCCCAGAAAGCUGCAUUAUUAGAGGACAAGCCUCCCAAAGAUAGUCAAGGAAAUCAGUCCACGCCAAUGACCACGGCAGAAAUUUCGGUACCAAGCUUCUCUCCUUUCGAAGCUUGUCCAGACCGUGAGACGGGGUGGAAAGCUUUCCGAGAGUUACAAACCGUUUGUCCUAGCCGCACCUGGCGCUUUAUUGCAGUAAGUCCGCCUUACAAGGAGACUCUUGAAUACAAAGAUCGUAUUAUUCAGAUUAUUCACCCUCACAACACAGAGAUGGAUCUCUCCAUAGCUUAUGCUUUGUACUUUGCUUCCCGUGGACUAGGAACAGCCUCAACAAUUUCUCGCCUGGAACCGGAGCCCUACAAAACACCAGCACGUGUCCUCUUAUCUGGUCUGGGAGCGGAUGAAUUGUUUGGGGGUUACACACGGCAUGCCACAGCAUUCAACAGGACUGGCUUCACAGGCCUUUUGGACGAACUCAAAUUGGAUGUCGACAGACUUGGAAAGCGGAACCUUGGUCGUGACGAUCGGGUCAUCUCUAGCUGGGCUAAGGAAGCAAGAUUUCCCUAUCUUGACGAAGCCCUUGUCAAAUGGGCCGUGGAGUGUCCUGUAUCACAGAAAUGCGGAUUUCGUAUCAAUGCCCAACCCUCGCAGCAAGAUUCAAAACUUGAACCAGGGAAGAAAAUCCUGCGCCUACUUGCGUAUGAGCUAGGGAUGCACUCUGUGGCCAUGGAGAAGAAGCGAGCAAUUCAAUUCGGAGCAAGAACGGCCAAGAUGGAAGUCGGAAAGACGAAAGGCACUACUUUGAUAUCUUGAUGUGCCGACACACCGCUCCUCGAUUGCUGUGAUGAUGUCCAGAUACUGCUGAGAUGCUCUGCGGGACCGGAGAAAUACCAUGCAGACUACCUUUCGUGUGUUUCUACGCAAGUAUGUAACCUGAAGGCAGUCUGAAUGCCGACGGAUAUCCCUGCACGAGCAACAAUGAAGUAGUAAAGGCAAGUCUGAGCUUUCCGGCGAUUUCUUACCCUGGUGGCGAUUCGACUCACAUUCUAUGGCAAACGUGGGG